AUGGCGGGUCCUGUCCUCUGCCUCUCCAGUCAGCCAGCGGCCCCCGGCCCAUUGCUCAUCAUGCCUUGCAGACUGCCCCACCUUCCUCUGGACCCCCCGCACCUCUCCCCUGGCUCUGGCCGUGAGUCCUCACUUUCCCCUGCAGUCCCCGCUGGGGGCCAGGUAGACUCUGUUCCUGUUGCUCCCUCACCUGCCUGCCUCCUGCUUCCCCCUCCUGGCACGGCUCCUGUGGCUGUUGAUGGCGGGCCCCGUUCUCUGCGGGUAGCUACAUCCACCUCCAGCUGCGGUUCCCAGGCUGUGGGGACUGUGCCGGACAUGCCUCCUACGUCUGCGGCCCUCGCCAAGACUCCUCCGUCACAGGAGCGUGCUGUCACCCUCGCCGGCCAGACUCCGCCACAGCAGCGUGCUGGCACCAUCGCCGGCCAGCCUCCGGCACAGCAGCGUGCUGUCACCCUCGCCGGCCAGCUUCCGCCACAGGAGCGUGCUGUCGCCCUCGCCGGCCAGCCUCCCCUCCGUCACUGGAGCGUGCUGUCUCCCUCGCCGGCCAGCCUCCGUCACAGGGCGUGCUGUCACCUCGCCGGCCAGCCUCCGCCACAGGAGCGUGCUGUCACCCUCGCCGAUCAGCCUCCGCCACAGGAGCGUGCUGUCACCCUCGCCGGCCAGCCUCCGCCACAGGAGCGGGCUGUCACCCUCACCGGCCAGCCUCCGCCACAGGAGCGGGCUGUCACCCUAACCGGCCAGCCUCCGCCACAGGGCGUGCUGUCACCUCGCCGGCCAGCCUCCGGCUCAGGAGCGGCGGGCUGUCACCCUAGACAGCCAGCCCGUGUCUUCGUUGCAGGGAGCAGGCUGCCUCACCUCCCGGCCAGCCCCCGCCACAGGGGCAGGCUGCCCCCCCCAGCCAACCCCGCCACAGGGCAGGCUGCCUCACCCCUGGCCAGCCCCGCCACAGGAGCAGGCUACCUCACCCCCGGCCAACCCCGCCACAGGAGCAGGCUGCCCCCAGCCAACCCCGCCACAGGGAGCAGGCUGCCUCACCCCUGGCCAGCCCCGCCACAGGAGCAGGCUGCCCCCCCGGCCAACCCCGCCACAGGAGCAGGCUGCCUCACCCCUGGCCAGCCCCGCCACAGGAGCAGGCUGCCUCCCCCAGCCAGCCCCGCCACAGGGGCCCGGUUGUGGCGCGAGAUUUUCUUCAGCGGCCGCAGCUGCUGCACGCCGCGCUGGUGA